CAUCAGUUUUCCAAAAUUUUUUAGAAUUAUUUUAUUUGACUAAGCUAUGAUAUUGAAUGCGUGGAUUGUGUUGUUUCUCACACCAUUUCUUCACAUUGUUGCAUCAGCUCCGGAGCACAGCCAAAGAGAUAAAAUGAUUAUAUGCGGCUCUGGAUAUUUUGAUCCUAAAAAAUACACGUGUUUUGAUGGUCUUGCAUGUCCAAUUAUUGGAGUCGCAUUUUUAAGAUGCGGCAAUGCAUGUUAUUCACCUCUGCUUUAUCAUUGCACUGAAGGUAAACUUUUUCAAGGAGCAGAACCUCCAGAAAAACAGCUUCCACAAAAACAAGUGGUUAGCACUACUACAUCGACAUUAGUAUUUCCUACUACUGAUAAGUCGAUUCAAACUCCAUGGAAGCCAUCCUUUAAUGAUAGGACAGAAAAAAAGAAGGGCAGUGCAAAUCACGAUAUGACUACUUUCAGUAUCUUCGGUACUUUAUGCAUUAUUAGCAUUAUUAGUUUUAUUUUAGCUUUUUAAACUUGCAUUUUUUAUUAUUUAUAUAAAUAUUUUUUAGAGUAGUUUU